CUAUCUCUUACGUUAUAGUAUUUGCUGCAGGCUCACAUGUUGGUGAAAUACUGAUACGGUAUUCAUUUUUUGUUUCUGAUAUUUUUUGUUACAACCACUUAAAUUGGUGAGACAUGAUCCUGCACUUCCAAUGCAUGUCCUUUGUAGCUGCAAUAUUCCUGAUAUUGUUCUCCAAGGCUUUGUCAGAUACAUCACCCGUGUGUUCUGUGGUACAAGGACUUCCAGGUCUCAAUGGAAGAGAUGGAAGAGAUGGGGUCAAUGGCUUAAAAGGGGAUCCAGGUCCCCCUGGGGAACAAGGAACACCCGGUAUAAGAGGUGGUAACGGACCACCAGGAAAAGUAGGACCUAGCGGAAGUCCAGGCGAUAAAGGAACAUCAGGUGAGAAAGGUGACAAAGGAGCCACUGGCGAUAUUGGAGCACCAGAUACUGUUCUGGCAACAAAAGUCACAGACUUGGAAAACAAAAUAGCUGCUCUGGAGAAGAGUCUUUCCUCUCAACAGAAAGCAGUGGCCUAUUUCCAAAGUGGAGUGGUAACAUCAGGAAACAAAAUUUAUGUCACAAAUGGAUUGGAAGGUAAUUACGAUACUGCCCUAGCCACCUGCCGUGGAGCACAAGGAACGCUGCCAACUCCUUUAAAUAGGUUUGAAAAUGAUGCCUUACAACAGCUAGCGAAGGCAAGAGGCAAGCUAUUUUUUCUUGGCAUCAAUGAUGAAAGCGUGGAAGGUUCCUUUGUCUAUCUCAAUGGCAACCAAAUUUCUUAUAAAAAUUGGUACCAAAAAGAACCUAAUGGAGGACGAGGUGAAAACUGUGUACAAAUAUACGAACAAGGACAGUGGAUUGAUAUCCACUGUAAUCAUAGAAAUUUGAUUGUGUGUGAAUUUUAGAAGUAUUUCUGUUGGAAACAGCAGAGUUCCACAAAUUAAAUUUUUCAUGUCUGUAUAUUAACAGUGAGGAUUUAUCAUUUUUUUUAUUUUUAAAUGUACAAAUCUCCAUCCUUGUACUUGAGCCAUAACCUGACAAAGACUGAAUUGAUGCAGUCAUUCCAACUUUAUUUGUAGACUAUAAAUUCUGUGUAUCACUGGAACUUUGUACUUCUGCAAAAUGACCUGAUAUGAAAAAACAUCUGCGGCUUUGUUCAACUCGAUAAACUUUCAAUAAAUCCUGACUACAUGUGUUAAA